CAUUCCCACUCCCGCGGACCUCAAAACGAAACAUACUACAAUCGAUAAAUCUACUACUGUCCAUUAAAGUGGUGCAGUCGCAGUGUUUGUUGACAGUUAGUGCCCCCCUCCCCCGGGCCGCGCUACAUAACGCUACGUCACGCUUUGAGCUGACUCACGGACAAGCCGGCCGCGGCAGGUCCGAUAAGUGGGGGAAGUUCUUAAAAGAAACCAGCAUCCAGCGCGGCGCUCAUCUCGUCCGAGACCGGAGGCCUAUCCACAUCGACAAGCACCGCGCUAGCAGCGCGCACGAAUUAUGGCCGCGUUCGAGAUUCUGGCCGCCGUCGUGGCGGUCAUGCUCGUGUUCUACUACUACAUGACGAGCACGGCCGACUUCUUCGCCAAGAGGGACAUACCGCACCUGCCGCAGACGCCCUUCAUCGGCAGCUCGGUCGACGUCUUCCUGUCCCGGAGGUGGCGCGGGAAAGUGUGGCAGGACUGGUACAACUACGCCAAGACGAACGGCCACAAGUUUCUAGGGGUGUUCCUAGGGAGGCGCCCCAUGCUCGUGGUCUGCGACGUGGAAAUGGUCAAGACCAUCCUGGUCAAGGACUUCCAGCACGUCAUGGACCGUGGGAUGUACUUCGAUCGGCAGCGCGAACCCCUCAGCGCCAAUCUGUUCAACCUCGAGGGUCGAGAAUGGAAAGCACUUCGUGGCAAGCUGUCGCCCACCUUUACCUCCGGCAAGAUGAAGUCCAUGUUCUACCUGGUGCGUGCGUGCACGGACGAGCUGGAGAGCUACCUCGGCGGCGAGGUGCAGAAGGGCGGCGAGGUCGAGAUGGCCGAGGUCAUGGCCAAGUUCUCCACGGACGUGAUCGGGUCGUGCGCCUUUGGCGUCGAGGCCAACUCCUUGAAGGAUCCAAACGCCGAGUUCCGGAACAUGGGCAGGAAGGUGUUCGAGGUCGACCGUCUCCGUGUCAUUGUCAUGAUGAUCGCGGAGACGAUGCCGUGGCUGCGGUCGCUGCUCCCCAUGCCUCUGAUUAACCCCCAAGUGAAGAACUUCUUCACGCGCACCUUCAACGAGAACGUCGAGUACAGGGAGCGGCAGAAAGUGGUGCGGCACGACUUCAUCGACCUCCUGAUCCAGCUCAAGAACAAGGAGGCCGGCCACGAGGGAACCGACCACAGCGCCACAGGCAUCGACGAGGCUAUCCUCCCCGCGCAGGCCUUCGUCUUCUUCCUGGCGGGCUUCGAGACGUCCUCCGCCGCGACGAGCACGUGCCUCGUGGAGCUGGCCCACCACCCCGAGAUCCAGGAGAAGCUGCGGGAGGAGGUGGACCGCGUGCUAGCCAAGCACGGCAGCAUCACGUACGAGUCUCUGCACGACAUGACGUACAUGGAGCAGUGCAUCGAGGAGACCAUGCGACUCUACCCGGCGCUGGCCGGCCUGCCACGCGUGGUGACGCGCGACUACCAGCUGCCCGGCGAGAGCCCCAAGGCGGUGCUGCCCGCCGGCACCCGCGUCAUCAUCCCCACGUACGCCAUCCACUGCGACCCCGAGUUCUACCCCGACCCGAUGCGCUUCGACCCGGAGCGCUUCACCGAGGAGAACAAGAAGAGCCGGCCGCACUACGCCUACCUGCCGUUCGGCGAAGGGCCGAGGAUAUGCAUCGGCUUGCGCUUCGCCAUGAUGCAGAUGAAGACGUCUCUCGCCAUGAUCCUCCGUUCGUACCGAGUUACCCCGAGUCAGAAAUCGGAGUAUCCCCUGCAGUUCGAACCAAAGAGUUUCGUAACUAGACUGAGAGGCGGAAACCGUCUCAGGAUUACCAAGCGGUAAACCUUGCAGAACCGGUAGCUAAGAAACUUAAUUGGUAGGCAGACGAUUACUGCGCUGAAGAUGCUCGUCAAUUGUAUUGUAUUUACAUUGUUAAUAAUUUAUAAGUUGUUUUUUAAAUAAAUUUUUGUUAAAUAAA